AUGAUUGGCCGAAUCAACUUUGACAGAAUCAACUUCGAGCAACAACUUCAUUUAUACAAGGAAAAAUUCGAAAUGGCCAAAAUCAAAUUGGAAAAGGAUCUUGCAGACCACCACAUCACCAACGGUUUUAAUCAACCUUCCGGUGCUCUCAGUGAUUCCAGCGAUAGCACCACUCCAGUAUCUCAGACCAUGUCCUCACAAACCACCUUUGAUGCAGUCUCCACUGUCCCAAGCGAUAAGAAAAAUCAUAAGCUUGGCAUCCUCCUUAUUCUAGCUAUUCCAUUCAUUUGCAUAUUCAUCAACUAUAUGGUUUCCGAUCAACACGUCAACAACUCAGUUCCCUGUACCUCUACAGUCCUCACAACCACGACCCUACCGUCCACCGUCAUCGUGACCUCAACCUCAACCAUCUUCGUGACCGUCAAUACAGUCGUGACCUCAACCUCCACCUACACAUCCACCUCCACAUCCACCUCCCAUAAAAAGCACAACCACAAAGGUACCAAACAGUCUUCUACCUCAAGCUCUGUCCCCUGGCCCGGCUCCACCUUUCACAUUCGCGCUUCCUCGUCCGGAAAACUCCUAAGUCUGGACUCUGGAUAUGUCAUUUUAGCCCAACCAGGUGAUAAUCCUGGUCGCAGCAUCCAUUGGAAAUGCAUCGAAUACAAAGGAUGGCUCCAUUUUCAGAACGCCGUAUCAGGUUGUUAUCUCGGUUAUGAUUGGAACAACAACGUUGUUUGUUUUGCAACGAAACCUCAGGAAUGGGAGAGAUUCUCUGCAAGACUUAGACCGGAAGGGGGAUACUACUUGAUGGUGACGCAUUGGGAAAGGCUGUGGAAAUUGGGGAUUAGCGGAGGGUAUUUGGCGAAGAUUGGGGGAGGAGAGUUCGGAACGGUGCCUAAGACUGGAGAGAAGGAAGGGGAGGUGAUUGUUUGGGAGUUUGUUAAAGCUUAG